AACAGUAACACUAACCAAAUGUUAGCCUUGUUUUAGAACUGCAGGUAGUUCAGGGAAAGAAAUUGGAUAUAUUUUUAAAAUAGCUAACGGUAUCUGAUUUGUAAUGGGGACGCCAUCAGACAAAAGUUGGAUGACGUCGUACCGAUUUAGUUCAUGUUAUAUUCAAGGGGUCAAAAAUUUUCUGAAUGUUGCAAAAGACUUUACUGAUUCAAAUGGCAGAGUUCGAUGUCCAUGCAAGAACUGCAUCAAUAUUUAUUUGAAGCCAUUGCAAGAAGUAAAAAUGGAUCUAUAUCAAUAUGGAAUUAGUGAAAACUACACAAACUGGGUGCACCAUGGUGAGACUUCUCAACCUCGUGAUAGAUUAGAUGGCUCUAUUAAUUCGGACAAUGAAUUGGAGGAUAGUGGAAAUGAUGUUUCAGAAAUGUUAGAUGAUAUGUGUAAUGCAACUUUUAUGGACACCGACAUGGAAGACAGACUUCCCAAUCAAGAUAAUAACAUGCUAGAAGGAGAAGUAGCAAAAUUUGCUAAAUUGUGGAAUGAUUCUCAUUGUGAACUAUAUCCUGGAAGUCAAAAAUAUUCAAAGCUCUCUUUUCUUCUUAAGAUGAUUAAUAUCAAAGCACUCACAAAUUCUAAUAAUAAGUCAUUUUUUUCGAAUUUGGAGUUGUUCAAGGAUGCACUCCCGAGAGGAGAAACCCUUCCAAGCUCAAGUUAUGAGGUUAAAAAAUUGAUGCGUGAUUUAGGACUCGGUUACGUAACUAUUGAUGCUUGUGUAAAUGAUUGUGUGCUAUUUUGGAAGGAAAAUGAAAAUCUUGACACGUGUCCAACUUGUAAGGCUCCUAGAUGGAAAUUAGGUUUCGGAAAACGCAAGAAGGUUGCUCAAAAAAUUCUUAGACACUUCCCUUUAGUACCUAGACUUCAGAGGUUAUUUAUGUCUAAAGAUAUUGGUGAAAAUAUGAGGUGGCAUAAGGAGAAACGUGUAGAUGAUGAUACGAUUAGACAUCCAGCUGAUGCUACGGAAUGGAAAGAUUUUGACCAGAAAGAUGCUUGGUUUGGCAAAGAUGCUCGUAACGUGCGACUUGGGCUUGCUAGUGAUGGAUUUAACCCUUUUGGAAAUAUGAGCACGAGUUAUAGCAUGUGGCCGGUGAUUGUGACGCCAUAUAACUUACCACCAUGGAAAUGCAUGAAGGAGAAUUUUUUGAUGUUAUCUUUGCUUAUUCCUGGUAAGGAAUCUCCCGGAAAUAAUAUCGAUGUAUAUUUAAGGCCAUUAAUUGAUGAGUUAAAAGAGUUAUGGGAGACCGGUGUGACAACAUAUGAUGCAUAUAGCGGUAAGAAUUUUCAAUUACAUGCUGCAUUAUUAUGGACAAUAAAUGACUUUCCAGCAUAUGGAAUGUUAUCUGGAUGGAGCACAAAAGGAAAAUUGGCAUGUCCUGUGUGUAAUAAGUGGACGUGUUCGCUAACAUUAAAAAAUGGAGUGAAGCAAUGUUACAUGGGUCAUCGGAGAUAUUUACAUGCCCAACAUUCUUGGAGAAAAAGCAGAAAAUUUGAUGGCAAACCAGAGCACGGGUCAAAGCCUGAAGAGUUGUCAGGAGAUGAAGUUCUAAGGCAAUUAGAUUUGCUUCCAAAAAGCCUCGUUUUUGGGAAGACACCUAACCAAAAAAAGCGUGCACGUGGUCCUGAAGAGCUCAAUUGGACAAAGAGAAGUAUAUUCUUUGAAUUGCCUUACUGGAAAACAUUAAAAUUACGUCAUAAUUUAGAUGUAAUGCAUAUUGAGAAGAAUAUAUGUGAAAAUAUAUUGGGUACGUUGAUGAAUAUUGAUGGAAAAUCUAAGGAUAACAUUAAGGCUCGAAUGGAUUUAGAAGCAAUGGGUAUAAGAAAAGAGUUACAUUUACAGCAAAAGGGAAAUAAAUUUUUUAUGCCACUUGCUUGUUAUACAUUACCGAAGCCUGAAAGGAGAAAGUUUUGCGAAUGGUUGCAGUCAAUCCGGUUGCCAGACGGAUAUGCUUCCAAUCUUUCUCGAUGUGUAAGUGUUCAGGACUGCAAAGUUAUGGGGAUGAAAAGCCAUGAUUAUCAUAUAUUCUUGCAACGGUUACUUCCAGCAUCAAUUUUUGGGUCUUUGCGUAGUGAGGUUUACACUGCAUUAUCAGAGUUGAGCUCUUUCUUUAAGGAGCUUUGUUCGAAGACUUUAAAAAGAUCUACAGUUAAAAAGUUGCAGAGCGAUAUCAUUUUGAUAAUAUGUAAACUUGAGAUGAUAUAUCCUCCAUCUUUUUUCGUGGUAAUGAUGCAUUUGGCAAUUCAUCUGCCACGUGAAGUAGAAUUAGGAGGCCCUGUUCACUAUAGGUGGAUGUACUUUAUUGAGAGGUUAGUUGAUAAGGAAAUUUUAUUUUUAGUUUUCUUAUUCUUACGUACUUUGAAAAAUUAUGUACGUAACUUAGCUCGACCGGAGGGUUCAAUUGCUGAAGCGUAUAUCACUAAAGAAUGUUUGAACUUUUGUUCACUACCUUUAGGAGCUACAGAAUAUAAAACGUUAUCCCAUUCUGAUUUUGAAAAAUUGCAGUGGUAUGUGCUUAACAAUUAUGAGGAUGUUGAUGAAUAUCUUAAGAUUCACAUUGAAGAAUUACAAAAGGAAAGUGUUAUAGAUGUGCAAAAAAGACACCAGGCAGGAUUUUCCAGUUGGUUCAAGGAGUGUGUUGGACGCUUACGUGCUACUGGUUUGGUUGCAGCAACAAAUCAUAUAUAUGCGUUGAGAUUAGGUCCUGAUAUACGAAUUGCUAGGUACAGUGGGAUAAUUGUCAAUGGAGUUAGGUUUCACACAGUUGAGCGUGAUAAUUUUCGUCGGACUCAAAAUAAUGGAGUUUCAGUAACGGGAGAGCAUAAGUCGAAAGAAAUCGAGUUUUAUGGUGUGCUAACAGAUAUCAUUGACCUCCAAUAUGUUAAUGGGAAUCAUGUUUUCUUGUUUAAAUGUGAUUGGUGGGAUGUUGGCGAUAAAAAUGGAAUUAAAACAGAUGGCAACUUAGUUUCUGUUAAUGUGAGCCGUAAAUGGUAUACAAGUGAUUCUUUCGUGUUGAGUUCUCAAGUACAGCAGCAAUACGAGGCAGAUAAUAGUCAUGAAGUCGAUCAAAAUGGUGGUGAAAAUUUGGAACUCUUGCAUCCUAUGGAUGUAUUACCGGAUGAAGUUGAUGUUGGUCAAAUGUUUCAAGAUCAAAACUCAAACCCGAUUUAUUCUAGCGAUGAGGAGGAUGAUACUACGAUCAAUUAUGAUGAUGCCGACACUGAUGUACUAGAAGACUCAAAUGACAGUGACAAUGAAGACGAAGACGAUGAUUACUUGUUUGAAAAUUGUAGAAUUUUGGUGUUUUAUGGCAGUAGUUAUGCAGCCCAACAUGAAAUUUGUGGAAAACUGGAUAGCAGAAACUCGAUGUGUUGA